AUGGAGACCGUUCACACCUCGGAGCGCCUUGCGCACCUGCGUGACCUUAUGCAGAAGCACAAAGUCGACAUCUACAUCGUUCCGUCUGAGGACAGCCAUCAAUCCGAAUACAUUGCGCCCUGCGACGCCCGCCGAGAAUUCAUUUGCGGCUUUUCCGGCUCGGCAGGCACGGCGGUGGUCACUCACGACAAAGCUGCUCUGGCGACGGACGGACGGUACUUCAAUCAAGCGGAAAAACAAUUGGAUAGCAAUUGGGAGCUGCUGAAGCAAGGGCUGCAGGAUGUUCCUACCUGGCAAGAAUGGGCAGCCGAUCAGUCAGAGGGGGGCAAGAGCGUUGGUGUAGAUCCUACGGUUAUCACUGCCCCCGACGCGCGGAAGCUCUCGGAGAAAAUCAAAAAGAAGGGCGGUGCAGAACUUGUGGCGGUUGAGGAGAACCUCGUCGAUACCGUGUGGGGAAAAGCGAAACCACCAAGGCCGAACGAGACGGUGAAGGCUCUUGGGACCGAGUUCGCUGGCAAAAAGUUCGAGGACAAGCUCGAGGACCUGCGGAAGGAGCUUGACAAAAAGAAAAGCGCGGGCUUCGUCGUCUCUAUGCUUGAUGAGAUUGCAUGGUUAUACAACCUGCGUGGUAACGACAUCCCCUACAAUCCGGUAUUCUUCUCGUACGCAGUGGUGACCCCGACCAGCGCUACACUAUACGUCAACGACAGCAAGCUUGACUCAGACGCCAAAUCACACCUUGGCGAUGCGGUGGAGAUCCGACCUUACGAAGCCAUAUUUGGCGACGUCAAAGCGCUCAGCAAAAAGACGCCGGAGACAGAGCCCGACGGCAAUACUGGAUCAAGUAGCUCACCCAAGAAGUUUCUGAUCUCCACGAAAGCGUCCUGGGCGUUGAACAAGAGCCUUGGAGGGGAGGAGAAGGUCGAAGAAGUUCGGAGUCCAAUAGGCGAUGCCAAAGCUGUCAAGAACGAGACUGAACUGGAGGGCAUGAGGAACUGCCACAUCCGAGAUGGCGCAGCACUCAUCGAGUACUUCGCGUGGCUUGAAGACCAACUGAUCAACAAAGGGGCGAAAUUGGACGAAGUUGAGGCGGCCGACAAGCUCGAGGCUUGCCGAGCUAAGCAAGAACAUUUUGUAGGCCUGUCGUUCGACACUAUCUCGUCGACAGGACCCAACGCCGCAGUGAUACACUACAAGCCGGAACGCGGGAACUGCUCUGUUAUCGACCCCAAAGCUGUUUACUUGUGUGACUCCGGCGCGCAGUAUCUUGACGGGACGACAGAUACUACGAGAACGUUACAUUUCGGCGAGCCCACAGAAAUGGAACGCAAGUCCUACACCUUAGUUCUGAAGGGCAACAUCGCGCUUGAGAAAGCCAAGUUUCCCAAAGGCACCAGCGGCUUCGCUCUGGACACGUUGGCGAGGCAGUUUCUGUGGGCAGAAGGUCUGGACUAUCGUCACGGCACUGGCCAUGGCGUCGGCUCGUACUUGGCUCGUUCUCUUGCUAAUAUUCUCCAGAACGUGCAUGAAGGCCCAAUCGGUAUUGGCACAAGGGUCCAGUACUCUGAAGUCUCCUUGUCGGUGGGCAACGUACUUUCUGAUGAACCUGGAUACUACGAGGAUGGCAGUUUUGGAAUCCGCAUAGAAAACAUCAUCAUGGUCAAGGAGGUUGAAACCAACCAUAGAUUUGGCGACAAACCGUACCUUGGCUUCGAACACGUCACGCUUGUGCCAAUGUGCAGGAAGCUCAUCGAUGUGCGAUUGUUGUCGGCAGCGGAGAAGGAAUAUUUGAAUGAUUACAAUAAGGAGGUCAUGGAGAAGACCAAGGGUUUCUUCAAGGGGGACAGCCUGACAAUGGCCUGGUUGGAAAGGGAAACGCACCCAUUUGAAUAG